UUGGCAUUUAAAUUAGUUAUCCAAAAUCAGCUGUUUUUACGUUUAAGAAAUAUGAAAAAAGCCUGCGUUAUAGUUCUUGGUGAAAUUAGUCAAAGUCCACGGAUGCAGUUUCACGCUCUUUCUUUAGCUGAAAUAGGCUACCAUGUUGAUUUUAUUUGUCAUGCAAAGUCCUCUCCAUAUAAAGAAAUUUCAAAUAAUUCCUUAAUACAUGUAUAUUCACUAAGAAGAUUUCCAAAUCUUGAACUGAAUUUAUUUUAUGUGAUAUUACUCAUUUUAAAUUUCCUAUGGACAAUUGUAAAUGUAUUUAUUAUUCUCUCUAAAAUAAAAAAUCCGGAUAUUAUUUUUAUUCAAAAUCCUCCUGCCAUUUUUGUAUUACCUAUUAUAAAAUUGUAUACAAAAUUUUAUUGGAAGCAUUGUAAAAUCAUCUUGGAUUGGCAUAAUUAUGGUCAUACUAUAUUUGCUUUAAAAUAUCCUACACAUUUAUAUUUAUAUAAGUUAUAUAAAUGCCUAGAAAUCAAAAUGGGCUUAUGGACUGAUUACAAUUUAUGUGUAUCAAAUGCCUUGAAAAUGGACUUAAUAGAAAAUUAUAAUAUCAACGCUAAAAUUUUAUACGAUUUUCCUCAAAUGUUUUUCUCAGCGCCAAUUUCGAUAGAAGACAAGCAUACACUUUUCCUUAAAUUAUUUCCUAUAGACUUAAUUCAUAAAAGCUCCAACGUAUCUAAUAUCUCAGUGACCGAAACUCUAUUUACCUUCCAAACUGUUAAAGAAGAUGAAUCAAUUAUAACCGAGUACAAGCGUGAUCGCCCAGCAUUAAUUAUAAGCAGCUCUAGUUGGACAGAGGACGAAGAUUUUUCAUAUUUAAUACAUGCUAUGGAUAUGUACGAGCUAAAAUUAAAAUCGGUUCAAACCAAUGUUCCAUCAUCUUCUAACAGUUAUCCUAUGAUUGUAUGCGUUUUAACUGGCAGGGGUCCUCUCCGAGAAUACUACGAAUCUAUGAUAACAAACAAAAAUUACGAAUUUAUUACAUUUCGUUUUAUAUGGUUAGAUUCAUCGGAUUACCUCACACUUUUAACCUCCUCCGAUUUAGGGGUAUGCUUACAUAACUCUUCGAGUGGUCUAGAUUUACCGAUGAAGAUUUUAGAUAUGUACGGUUGCAAUUUACCCGUCUUAGCUUAUUAUUACCCAACUAUAUUGGAAUUAGUUACACCUGGAGAAAAUGGAAUGUUAUUUACUAAUAAAGAGGACCUUUUUGUUCAAUUAACCGAUUUAUUACGGGGAUUUCCUAAUGCAUCAACAAAACUUAAAUGGCUUAAAAAGUAUAUUGAAUCCAAUAAAACUUAUUGGGCUGAUAACUGGAAUGAAGUUGUGAUUCCUCUUUUGUCGGAUAAAGGUGAUGAUCAAUCUUGUGAAAAAGAAGAAUAAUAAAUAGAUCUUAUAUCAUUAAUGCAUUAAUUAUUGGAAUAUAUUAAUUCAAUAGAAA